UAUUGACUCAUUCCAGUGGAUUUUUUUUUCUAUAGUUCAUUUUAAGCUAGGCGCAAGGUUCCUUUAAGUUUAUUUAACAGUGAACCUCGCGCGUUAAUAAUUUAUUAUAAAUUGUAUUAUUAACAACUAUGGGGGGUGAAGAAGGAAUAGGCGUGACAACUGGCCAACCAAAUUUAUAUAAACAGGAUCUUUCAAAGCUUGAUGUCAGUACAUUAACGGCUUUAUCUCGUGAAGUUAUUAGCAGACAAGCUACAAUAAAUAUUGGUACCAUUGGUCAUGUAGCACAUGGAAAAUCUACGAUUGUUAAAGCAAUCUCAGGUGUGCAAACUGUACGCUUUAAAAAUGAAUUAGAAAGAAAUAUCACUAUAAAACUUGGAUAUGCAAAUGCAAAGAUUUAUAAGUGUGAUAAUGAAAAAUGUCCAAGGCCAGCUUGUUACAUAUCAGGAGGAUCUAGCAAAGAUGAUUCCUUCCCCUGCUUGCGUCCAGCUUGUUCUGGACGAUUUCAAUUAGUUCGACAUGUCUCAUUCGUAGAUUGUCCUGGACACGAUAUUCUUAUGGCAACUAUGCUUAAUGGAGCAGCUGUUAUGGACGCAGCGUUACUUUUAAUCGCUGGCAAUGAGUCAUGUCCACAACCCCAAACUUCUGAGCAUUUAGCUGCUAUUGAAAUCAUGAAAUUAAAGCAUAUAAUCAUUUUGCAAAAUAAAAUUGAUUUAGUAAAAGAAGCUCAGGCAAAAGAGCAAUAUGAACAAAUAUUGAAAUUCGUUCAAGGUACUGUUGCGGAAGGAGCUCCUGUUAUUCCAAUAUCUGCUCAAUUAAAAUAUAACAUUGAAGUAUUGUGCGAAUACAUAACAAAGAAAAUUCCGGUUCCACUUAGAGAUUUUACAUCAGAACCCCGUUUGAUCGUUAUCCGAUCUUUUGACGUUAAUAAGCCCGGUUGCGAAGUAGAUGAUCUUAAGGGUGGAGUAGCAGGAGGAAGCAUAUUGAGAGGUGUAUUAAAGGUUGGCAUGGAAAUCGAAGUUCGACCUGGAUUAGUAUCGAAAGAUAGCGAAGGGAAAUUAACAUGUCGUCCAAUAUUUUCACGCAUUGUUUCGCUAUUUGCCGAGCAAAAUGAAUUGCAAUUUGCAGUUCCGGGUGGUCUUAUAGGUGUUGGAACGAAAAUUGAACCAACUUUAUGCAGAGCUGAUCGUUUAGUUGGACAAAUAUUGGGUGCUGUUGGGGCAUUACCUAAAAUAUUUAUUGAACUUGAAAUUUCGUACUAUCUAUUGAAACGUUUGUUGGGUGUUAGAACCGAGGGUGAUAAAAAAGGAGCGAGAGUACCAAAGUUAUCUAGACACGAAGUGUUGUUAGUGAACAUUGGUUCUCUUAGUACCGGUGGUCGAGUUUUAGCUACACGUGCCGAUUUAGCUAAAAUUAGCUUGACAAGUCCAGUAUGCACUGAAAUUGAUGAAAAGAUCGCAUUAUCGCGUCGUAUUGAAAAGCAUUGGCGUUUAAUUGGUUGGGGCCAAAUUUGUGGAGGACAGACAAUAGAACCUGUUCUUGAUGGAAAAUAAUUUCAUUAAAUUUCAUUAAUAAAUGACGAUAACAGAAAUUUUUUUUAAGUCUUAUAACUUAACCUGCGUGGUUUUGUAAAGUUGUAAGCAAUGUUUGUAAUAAAUCGUAUGAUUUAUCUUACA